CUCCCCCACACCGGCAGAGCCUCCCGGGCCCAGGAGCCGCCACUCAACCUCCGCCCUUCAUUUCCCUCGCUGCCCGAGGAGAGCGGGACCAAACCUGGACGAGGCCGGAACUAUCAGCCGGACACCGUCACCUCGGCACUGUCGCCACUACCGGUGCUCUGCAGCCUGACAGGACCCGCCCAGCCCGGCGGAAGUGGGCGGGAAAGCGGCUGAGGAGAAGGCGCAGCGCCGUGCCCGGUGCUGAGGGGAGGGCGGGAAGGGCGGGAAGGGCUCUGAGGCUGCCCCGCUGCUCCCGUCCUAGGGCUGGAGGCGGGAAAGAUGUUUUCUUCCCGAAGCCGAUAUCUAGUGUUCUUUCAGUAUUUUGGCACUAAAUAUAGUGGGGUUAUGGAGACUUCGAAUGAUCAGGCAGUAGUUGGAGUCCAGAAUUAUUUGGAGAGGGCAGCACAGAACCUAAAACCCAUUGUUCCCAUUAAGUUCUGCAUCUCCAGCCGAACAGACACUGGUGUCCAUGCACUCUGCAAUUCUGCUCACCUUGACAUCCAGAGGGAACCAGGGAAGCCAGCUUUUCAGGAGAAACAGCUCAUCCACUGCCUUAAUAAACACCUCAAGUCUGAGCCAAUCCGCAUUUUGAAAGCCCAUCGAGUGACCGACGGGUUCCACGCGCGCUUCUCAGCACUGUCGAGAACCUACGUGUACCGGCUGCUGACAGGCUGUGCUCAUCCCUCUGAGAUACCUGUGUUUGAAAGGGACCUUUGCUGGGCUCCUCUGGGACACUUUAGUUCUCUGAACGUGCCUGCCAUGCAGGAGGCAGCACAGUUCCUGCUGGGAACCCACGACUUCAGCACCUUCCGCUCGCUUAACUCCAAAACACCUUUUCAGCCUCCAGUCAGAACCCUCCUCCAGGCAGACAUCCAGCCCUCUCCUGGUUUCCUGUCCCAUCACUAUGAACACAGGAAACUGGAGUUUUGGGAGGUGAAGUUCAGGAGCAGAUCAUUUCUUUACCGGCAGGUCCGAAGAAUGGUUGGGGCUCUCGUUGCAGUUGGCCAGGGAAAGUUAACACCUCAAGAUAUAAAGGAGUUACUGGAGAUAAAAGAUUCACAGGCUUUUCCAUCAUAUGCCAUGGCUCCUCCAUCUGGACUCUUCCUAAAAUCAGUGGAAUACAAUGCAGCAGAUUUGGAAAGUACCAUUUCUCCAGGAGAAUAGCAGUUCUGUGAGUUGUGUCUGAAGGACUGUUGUGGAUGUGAUGGAGGUUUGCCCAGCACUCCUUACAGAAUACAUGAUCUUGUCUCAAUAAAAAUCAUUGACUGUAGCCAUCUUCCUAUCAUUUGUCCUUGCCCUUUGAGACUGCCAAGGGAACAGGAAGAAUAACUCC